AUGGACCUCAGGGCGCUCGCCUUUGCCGCUACCGUGCUCCUCGCCCUGGCCGCGCCGGCGCCGGUACUCGGGCAGGGCGUGGCGACGUCGUGCACGGCGUCGCUCAUCACCAGCUUCACGCCGUGCCUCAGCUUCCUGACCAACAGCACCAACGGCGGGGGGUCGUCGCCGACGGCGGACUGCUGCCGGUCCCUGUCGGCGGUGGUGACCACGAGCACCAGCUGUGCCUGCCUCAUCCUGACCGGCAACGUGCCGCUCGGCCUGCCGAUCAACCGGACCCUCGCCGUCACGCUGCCCAAGGCCUGCAACUCCAUGUCCGUCCCGCUCCAGUGCAAAGAUACGUCGGCUCAGCUCCCAGCUCCGGGCCCCGUCGCAGUCUCUCCUGCCAUGCCCCCGCUGCCGCCAAUGACGCCGGAGUCGCCGGAACCACCGUCCGAGACCACCGUGACGAUGCCGCCGGCUAGCCAGACCCAGGGGCAGACGAGGCCGCAGGUGGUGCCCAGCUCUGCCUGGAGGAACAGUGCGCCUGUGUCCAUGAUGCUCUUCAUCAUUGGAGCCAUGCUGGUCUGA